AUGAGCAAGAACCUGCUCUCGGUGCCACAGAUUAACAGCCAUGGCAAGUUUCAAGUCGUGUUUGACGGGUCCAAGAUGUAUGUAACUCUCAAGAACUCACAGCAAGUGGUGGCGACAGCGGAUCUCGUGGAUGGACUCUACUGGCUUCGGACGACUCAACGAUCAGCGAAUGUGACAACAAGUGGAACCAGUUGUGCCGAUCUACAUGCGAGAAUGGGUCAUGCUCCAGUCGAUGUACUUCGCAAGAUGAUCGCGACCAACAUGAUCAAGGAUUUGCGAGUCCCUCUCAAGUCGGGUGGAGCAACUACAUGUCGAGGAUGUCAACAAGGGAAAAUGGUCCAAAAACCAUUUCCAAGCAACCGAGACAAGCGCAGCUACGAUACGUUUGAGCUACUUCAUCUGGACAUCUGCGGGCCCAUGGAAAAGGAUUCGCUCGGUGGCAGCAAAUAUUUGCUGCUGAUCAUCGACGAAGCCAGUGGAUGCAUGAAGGGCUUUUGUCUACGAGUGAAGUCCGAGAGUGAAGAUUACAUCCGGAAAUAUAUCACCAUGGUACAGACGCAAUUCUGUAAGAAGGUCAAGUUCGUGCGACACGACGGAGCUCGCGAGUUUGCAACCAACUCGCUUCAACUGUUCUACGAAGACGAAGGCAUUGAACAGCAGACAACGGUGCCGUAUGCACAUCAAACAAACGGAACAGCAGAGCGUGCCAUUAGGACUAUUGUCACGAUCGGCCGCAGCAUGUUUCAUCAUGCCAAACUGGACAAGUGUUUCUGGGCCGAAGCAGUGAUGACGGCCAUCUACGUCAAGAAUCGACUGCCGUCACCUAAAGUCGUGCACAAGACCCCGUUUGAGAUCGUCUACAACUUGAAACCAAGCGUCAAGCACAUGCGAACAUUCGGGUGUCAGACAUACAUACUGACGCCUAAAGAGAAUCGACUCAAGUGGGAUCCAAAGGAUCGCGCUGGCAUAUUCGUUGUUGUCAGUCACAAUGUCAACUUCGACGAGUCCACCUUUGGACUUCAACUGCCGAUCACUGAUGAAGAUGUCGAUGACCUGGACUUCGAAUUGCUGGAUCUUGAUGACGAAGAGCUGCGUCAAAUGGAGUACAAGCAAACAGGCAAGCGCAAGAACCGACUCAAUGAUGAAGAUACAGCAGCCCCACGACCGCGUGCAGUGCGUCAACGACCAGGACUAGAAGAGUCAAGCGCGCCGGAAAACAACUCGUCACGCCAAGAAGAAGACGAAGAAACGAAGGAUUCUGGUGAUUCAACACCGCCUGUGUUUUGGCGUGCGAGUGCAAAUGCCGUUGAAGCAGCAGUGGACUUAUCAGAGCCCUCAACAUUUGAAGCAGCAGUAAGCGGCCCUGACCAAGUGCACUGGAGAAAAGCAAUUCAUGCAGAGCUCGAGUCAAUGCGACUUCGCGGUGUGUUUCGUGCAGCCAAGCUGCCCAACGGACAACGCGCCAUUGGCACAAAAUGGGUGUUCAAGAUCAAGCGCAAGGCGGAUGGGUCGAUCGAGAAGUACAAGGCACGACUUGUGGCCAAGGGUUUCCGCCAAAAGUAUGGCAUCGACUACACGGAGACGUUUUCGCCUGUGGUCAAGUAUGUGACGCUGCGAAUGGUAUUGUGGGUUGACGGUUGA